CAUUCAGAGCGGCCGCAAGGGGAGAGGCGUCGAUCGGUGGCCAGCAGGACGAGGGGCGCCCCCCAAGACUGGCUUUCCUGGGGAUUCCGGCGGGCGGAACAGCAGCAGCGGCGGCAGGAUCGGCGGGCACUCGCUCUUCGGGAGGCAAAAUGCUUUCGCUUUUCUACCUGUGCCUCUUGGCUGGAAUCGCCCGCGCCUUCAACCUGGACACGGACAACGUAGUCAAAUGGGACGGCGAACCCGGCAGCUUUUUCGGAUUUUCUCUCGCCAUGCAUCAGCAGCUGAACCCGAACAAGAGGCUCUUGCUGGUUGGUGCACCUCGACAAAAGGCUUUUCCAAUGCAACAAGCCAAUAGAACUGGAGGUUUGUUCAGCUGCAACAUCGAAACUCCAGAACUACCCUGCACACGUAUCAAAUUUGAUGAGACAGCUGACCUGAAAAAAGAAAGCAAAGAAGAUCAAUGGAUGGGUGUAACUGUGCGAAGUCAGGGGCCAGGUGGAAAAAUUGUGACCUGUGCACAUCGCUAUGAGAAAAGGUAUUAUGUCAACACGGAACAGGAGACCCGAGACAUCAUUGGGAGGUGCUACGUGCUGAGUCAGGAUCUUUCCAUCAAUGAGUAUAUGGAUGGCGGGGAAUGGAGUUUCUGUGACGGCCGAUUGAGAGGCCAUGAGAAAUUUGGCUCCUGCCAGCAAGGUGUUGCAGCCACAUUUACCAGAGAUAAUCAUUACAUUGUAUUUGGUGCACCAGGGACCUAUAACUGGAAAGGCGUGGUGCGUGCAGAGCAAAAGAAUCACACCCUUGAUGAAAUGGGCAUCUUUGAUGAUGGGCCUUAUGAAGUUGGGGGUGAAAGCCUGCGAAAGGAGUCCCUGGUUCCUGUUCCUGCUAACAGUUAUUUAGGGUUUUCUUUGGACUCUGGGAAAGGGAUAAUCUCUCAGGAGGAGAUCACUUUUGUUUCCGGUGCUCCGAGAGCCAACCAUAGUGGGGCUGUGGUCCUUCUGAAAAAAGACAGUGACAUCCAGCGGGCCUUGUCCUCUGUGCACAUAUUUGAAGGCGAGGGGCUGGCCUCUUCCUUUGGCUAUGAUGUGGCCGUUGUGGACCUCAACCACGAUGGUUGGCAAGAUAUUGUGGUUGGAGCCCCACAGUAUUUUGAGAGAGAUGGAGAAAUUGGUGGUGCUGCCUAUGUAUAUAUUAAUCAGGAAGGCAAAUGGGACAGAGUAAACCCAAUUCGCCUCAAUGGAUCUAAAGACUCCAUGUUUGGGAUUGCAGUUGAAAACAUCGGUGAUGUUAAUAAAGAUGGCUUUUCAGAUAUUGCUGUAGGGGCUCCUUAUGACGGAGAGUUUGGCAAGGUGUAUCUCUAUCAUGGCUCCAGGAAUGGAAUAAACACAAAACCAGCACAGAUUCUUGAUGGCGCGACAAAUAAUGUCAUAUUCUUUGGGUACUCUAUUACUGGAAAUAUGGAUCUUGAUGGAAACUCUUACCCUGACAUUGCUGUUGGAUCUCUUUCAGAUACUGUUUCAGUUUACAGAUCAAGGCCUGUGAUAAGCAUUAAAAAAUCCAUUAAGAUCUCUCCAGACAAAAUUGAUCUGAAUAUGAAGAACUGUGAAGUACCCGGUAACCUUUGCCUGAACAUUAGAUCAUGUUUCGAAUAUACAGCCAGUGACAGUAACUUCAAUCAGAAAAUAAUUUUGGACUAUACAUUUGAAGCAGAAAAUGAGAGGAAGCGAUUACGCUUGCACCCAAGAGUGCAUUUUUCUAAGCUUCCCUCUGUUCCAUUUAGCGGAACUGUAACUCUCAAAGGACAGAAGAUGGAAGAGUGUGUGAAUAGCAGGCUCGAAUUAGAGGAAAAGAUCAAAGAUAAAUUGCGUCCAAUUCCUGUAUCUCUUAGCAUUGCAAUUCAUACCCCUGAGACCUCUGUAAAACCCAGAAGAAGACAGGGAAGGUCACUGCCAGAUCUUACUCCAAUUCUGAAUGCUAGUGAGCCCAACACGGUGCAUUCAGAGGUGCAGUUUCUGAAAGAAGGUUGUGGAUCAGACAACAUAUGCCACAGCAAUCUGAAGAUGCAUUACCGAUUUUGCACCAAAGAGGGAAACGACGAAAGAUAUGCCUAUCUCCCCAUGGAAAACAAUGUUCCAGUGCUUGUACUCAAAGACCAGAAAGAUAUCGCCCUUGAAAUCACAGUGACCAACAGUCCUUCUAAUGCCAUGCAACCCCUGACAGACGGUGAAGACGCUCAUGAAGCGAAAUUUGUAGCAACCUUUCCUGACAGCUUGACUUAUUCUGCUUUCAGGGAGUUGAAGAGCUUUCCGGAAAAACUCAUCUCCUGUGGUGCUAAUCCAAAUGGCUCUCAAGUGGACUGUGAACUUGGAAAUCCUUUUAAAAGAAAUUCUACCGUUACAUUUUAUGUGAUUUUAAGUACAACCAAGGUUAAUGUCGAUACGAAAGAGCUGGAUAUCAAUCUGAAAUUGGAAACGACAAGCAACCAGACUAAUUUGGAACCAAUUACUGCGAAAGCUAAAGUUGUUAUUGAAUUGCUUUUAUCACUUACAGGGGUUGCUAAACCUUCCCAGGUAUAUUUUGGAGGUAAUAUUAUUGGGGAAAGUGCAAUGAAAUCUGAAGAUGAGAUCGGUAGUUUAAUUGAAUAUGAAUUCAGGAUCACGAACUUAGGUAAACCAUUGAAAACAUUUGGUACAGCGUUCUUGGAAAUUAUGUGGCCGAAAGAACUGAGAGGAGGCAAGUGGUUGCUCUAUUUGGUUUCCAUUCAUUCGAAGGAAUUAGGAGAAUUACAGUGUACUCCUGAAAAUGAAAUAAAUCUUUUGAAUGUUCAGCGGUCUCAAAAUUCACGGAUAAAACGUGAAGUUGCAGAGAAGCAGACAGAUGGUGGCAAAAGCUUUUCUUUGUUUCCAGAAAGAAAGUAUGAGACAUUGGAAUGCAACGAAGAGGCAAACUGCGUCAACAUAACAUGUUCCUUGCAAGGCUUAGACAGUAAAGCCAUAGUAGUACUGCGCUCAAGGUUGUGGAACAGCACCUUCCUCGAGGAAUUCUAUAAAAUGAACUAUCUAGACAUUCCUGUUAGAGCUAGAAUUGGCAUUUCUGCUGCAGAUAACGUCAAGCUGGCAAAUGAAGCUACGAACGUACGAGUUACUGUCUUUCCUGCAAAAACAGUAGCUUUAUAUAAAGGAAUUCCUUGGUGGAUCAUCUUGGUUGCUAUUCUCGCUGGGUUAUUAAUGCUUGCUUUGUUGGUGUUCUUAUUGUGGAAGUGUGGUUUCUUCAAGAGAGAUAAGAAAGAUCAUUUUGAUGCCACAUAUCACAAGGCUGAGAUCCAUGCUCAGCCGUCUGAUAAAGAGAGGCUUACUUCUGAUGCAUAGUAUUGAUCCACUUCUGUAAUUGUGCGGGUUCUUCCAGCGUUCCAGGUACGAUGACAGCAUUCCCCGCUACCAUGCUGUAAGAAUUCGGAAGGAAGAAAGGCAGAUUAAAGAUGGAAAAGCUAAAGAGAACCAUGCAAAAAAACAGUGGAUCACAAAAUGGAAUGGAAAUGAAAGUUAUUCCUAGGGAUCCCAGCUGAACUUAAAAAAGAUUGAAUGGAUUUUAAGAUGUCUUUGAGCAACAUGAUGGAUGCAAGUGGAAGACCUGUUUGUUUUAUAAAUGUUAUUUUCAUAUCAAAGUUGUUUGGUGUUACAGGUCUAAAUUUUAAGACUCCCUAAACCAGCUUCUAUGCAUUAACUAAUCUCUAGUGUUUUGGAAAAAAAAAUGCAGUUAAAAUACUCUUCUUUUGGUGAAAUGGAGCUAUAUGAAUUUUUCCCAGUUGGGGAUUUUUUUUUGUUGCUUCCAGUUUUAAUCUUGGGAACACUUGGCUGCUUUUGACAAAAAAAAAUAAAAAAUACAAUGAAACUGGUUGUCUGGGCAAGGAUAUCUGGCCACGGUCUAAAAGAGAAAGGAAGCAUCCUGAAUUGUGUGGUUUGUUAGAAUGCUCUUGGCAAAAUUUGACUGAACUGCACAAUUACUUGUUAUUUCCAGAGUCUGAAUUACGUGUUAGAUCAAGACUUAAAGUUGUUCCUUUGAUCCCAUUUUUCCUGUAUUGCUGAAACUUCUCUCACCAAACGCAGGAUAAUUUUCCUAACAACUAAUAGACAUGUAUUUGAGUAUAUCUGUCUACACCAUUUAAAUAUCAGAAGAGAAUACCAGUAUUUUGUCAGGAAAAUUCUAUGGAACGCCAAAUGAGAUAGAAAGUAACGUAACCUAUCAUUCUUUCUCAUUUGUGGAUAGUUACUUGACCUUUUCUUUUUGUCGCUGAAUGCUUAAAAUAAAAUUGGGGGUUUCAAACUUGUCUGGCCAUCAAGAUACUAAGAUUUUUUCCUAUCUCCAGACCCAGAAUAUGUUUACUUUAAUCCCACUAAUUUCAUGGCUGGCUGAUUAUUCAGGAGUGAGAGAUAUGGACAUAUGGACAGAAGUUAAUAAUUUACAUUAAUAGGACUAAACCAUGACAUUCAGAACUGGUUCUAAAAUCAGGAAAAUUAGCUUGUAGUAUGUAACUGUUCAAUUUUAAGAACUGCAGUGUUUGGAUUUUUUUUUUUUUUUUUGCUUUUUAAGGGGUAAAUUGCUGGAAAAAGUGCAUAUUAAGGAAAGCAAACAUUUGCUGAUAUUUGUAACUUUGAAGUGGGGGGGAGUGGCAGUAGAUAUCUACUAGUGAAUGAUUCUGGAUCUAGACUUAGUUGCAUUUUGAUCCUGUUUGAAACAAUGGGACCUAACUGCAACUAAUUUCAUCUGGAUCCAACUCUUUAGAUUCACGAAUUGAUGGAAUGAUGUAUGGCUGAAUUUCUAAAGGAAAGCUCAGUUAUCUUGUAACCAUGUUCCCACAAAAGCCUUCUUGUCUAGAAAGAAUAAUUUAUGUUUCCGAGUAGGGAGACCUUGGCAUUCUGCAUCUGUUUUAAAGGCACUAUUUGCUCUGAUUAUUGUACUAAUACAGUGUGCAGAAAAUCCCGCCAUUGUACACAGUGAUAUGGACAUUUGUUUUUCAGGUAAAUUUGCGGUCUCUAAAUCUGCUAAUUCCAUGUUCUAAGACGAGGUGUGUGAGCACCAGGCUUAAAAACAAUCUUUAAUGUGCAAUAGGUCAUGUUUUAGUCAUGUUUUAAAAAUUAGCAUUGCUGAAUGUCGCUUACACCAAAUAUAUACAGAUUUUCCAAUGAUGAUGUGUGUCUGGGUUAAUAGAUUAUGGUCUAAUUCAUUUUGCCAAUAAUUGUGUACUUUGUGUAAUUGUGUAGAGAGCAGGCCACUUUCACCUCUGAAGACAGCAGCCACAAUUGCUGGCAAAAUAAUCAGGAUACCCAAUAAUUAGACCACGUUCUAUUAGCCCCACAGUCCCUCACCAUUGGAUUAACAUUGGCUAUGAAAGCCUGCAUUGAUAUAUACAUAGAUUUUGUCUUUUUUAAAGCUUGAAUAUUGGUUGUACUUUUUGUAUAUACUGUAAGUCAUUCUUAUAUAUUUAUUUUUACCAUAAAUCUUUGUCUUUAACCAAAGCCAAAGAUUUUUGAUUAGUGAGUAAUAGCAUAUCAAGUUCAGUGAAUAAAAGUGAACUUUUUUCCACCGAAUGUGCCAAUAACUUUUUAAAUUCCAAUGACUAGAAUAUUCUCAGAAACCUCUUCUUUAUGUAUUUCUAAAUUAUGUACUAGAGAUGUAUCUUCUAAGUAAUUUGUGCGCUAAUGCAUACUUACAGAUAUUUAUAGAAGUUUUAUAUGACUAACUUAAUUGAAAAUAUAGCAAGUGCUUAUUGGAGUGGGGAAGGGCAAAGGUUUUCUUUGUUCUGUGUUUGGAACAAGGUUAAAUAGUACAGAAGCUAUAGCACUUGAACCAAAAUAUAAAUUUGCUAAAUUAACUAUGGUGUUUUAAUGGAAGGGUUAAGGACUACUGAGUAAUUCCUCCAUUUCUAAAAUUUAAGAAUAGUUCCAUACAAAAUGCCAUUUGAAACUUGUAAUAAAUGUAAUUGCGGUCUUAUCAUAUCAAAAUGUUGGUACUAAGUAUUAUACACAUAUGCUAGCAUUUACAGUAUAUGAAAUUCCAAUGGUCCAUCAGAAGGUAGAUUUUGGAACUGUGCAAUGCAGGGCUUUGCAAUUUAAUUCCACGUAGAGUAUUCAGAGCACAUGGGACUGAACAUUGCACUUGUAGCUCUAUAAAAGAGCCUUAUCUUUUCCGGUGAGCUUUAGAUGGAUGCUGCAUUUGUGAUCUUGUGUGCCCAGAAGUGCUUUCUUGGAAUCAAAUGCAAAACAUAGCACAGCGCUAACAGAUCUAAUUUAACAACAGAUAUAAACUAUGCAACCUGUAUUUACCUUAAAAAAAAAACAGAUAAUCACGAAACAAAUGAAAUGUUAAAAAGUUAUGAUAUUUAUGUAGUUACUUUACCAAGCACAUCUAAAUAAUAUUAAAGUAACCAAAAUAUCUUUACAAACCCCAAACCAUGUCACAACUUUUGAGGACCUGUAAUGUUUGGAAAUUGAAAGUUGUAAAAAUUGACACGUCGGUGCAGGAUGGCAGUUUGUUCCAAGGUUUGGUUUCUAGUUAUUAAUGUCAAUUUCUAUCAUUCCACUUUUUAUGAUUAUCCAGAUACCUUUUUGACCACACAUUUUAUACAAAUUAUUUUUCAUAAAGCUUUUUUAACUCAAAAGGUAUAAGCUCUUUUUUGAAGCUUCAGGUACAAAUUUGGUGCCUGAUAUUAAUCCACUAAAUGCUGCUGUUUUGUCUCCUUCAUUCACUUUAUUUAUAUGUGGCCCAUAAAAAUAAUCCCACAACCUUAAGUGUGAUGGAUAAAUUUUAUUUAAAACUUCAUCUCCGUAAUGGGCUUAUUCAAUCGAAAAAGUAACUGAAACACUACUAUAAUUUUUCAUUAAAACUAACUGGUUAUUCUGGUGGUUUGUCAGAAAAAAAUAAAUGUGUAAUCAAUAGGUAAAAGUAUCAUCUUGAGUCACAUCACUGGUAUAUAUUUAUUUUCCACAUUAAUUGUUACUAACAUCUAAUGUUGCAUCAUGCCUGAAAAUUACAUGUGGAUAUGUCAAUAAACAUGUGAAAUAAAUUUUGUAUGAAAACAUU